AUGAAUUUCACUGAAGAAGAAAGAAAAAAAUUAGGUUCCAAUAAUUUAAUAGCUCUUGAGGCCCAAAUUCAUGAUGAAUCAAAAUCAGAAAUGGUUGGCCUAAUCAGAGAUAUUGUUAAUCAUCCUGCAUAUGGUAAACCAUAUUUGUGGUCAUUAAAUGAUUUUGAAAUUGGUAAAAGACUUGGUUCUGGAAAAUUUGGUCGAGUAUUUUUAGUACGUGAAAAACGAAGUAAAUUUAUCUGUACAUUAAAAAUAUUAUUCAAAUCAGAACUAAUAAAAUGUAAAUUUGAAAAACAAGUUCUAAGAGAAAUUGAAAUACAAUCGCAUCUAAGCCAUCCAAAUAUACUGCCAAUCUAUACAUGGUUUCAUGACGAACGACGUAUUUAUUUGGUAUUACAGUUUGCAGCUUAUGGAGAACUGUACGGUAUAAUACAACGAUCAGCUAUACAACGUUUAAACGACCAUUUCGCAGCUAAGUACACCUAUCAAGUUGCAGAUGCAUUGCACUAUUGUCAUCUGAAUCAUGUUAUACAUCGCGACAUUAAACCAGAAAAUUUAUUGCUAACUUAUGAUGGUAAUGUGAAGUUAGCUGAUUUUGGCUGGUCGAUACGGUCAUGCAGCCGGGAACGUACAACACUGUGUGGUACAUUGGAUUAUUUACCACCAGAAAUUGUUAAUCAUAAAUCGUACGAUUCGGCUGUGGAUAAUUGGGCUUUAGGUGUUUUAUGCUACGAAUUUUUAGUUGGAAAACCACCUUUUGAAACCCAGUCAACGGAUGAAACAUAUAGACGUAUUGUUGCGGUUGCAUUUAAGUAUCCAGAAUUCGUAAAGCCUGGUGCACGAGAUUUAAUUAAUAGUUUAUUGGUAUUGGACCCAAAAAAACGUUUGAGGUUACCAUUAGUCAUGCGUCAUUAUUGGAUUGUUGAAAAUAAACGAGAGGUCCCUGAUGUGAAGAUUGAGGGACAAGGAAGUAAAGGGAGCGAAGAGAUACCGAAUUGUAGCGGAAAGAAAUAAAAAUAUUUUUAGACC